AUGUUCAGGUCUGUAUUUUCGGAAGUUGAUAAAAGGGAGUUUUUUCGAUCUGCCGGAGGAAGUAGGAAACAUUUACCUGCAAUUGGUGUUGAAUAUUUCGAAUGUCGGAGAAAUCAAGCAUAUCAUCUCCAUUCUGUAUUGGAACCAAGUUCUCCACCAUUCGCUUGUGACUUUUCUCCAACACUGACUGACCAUAUCUUAAUUGCUCAGGAAGAUGGAUUAGUCCAUUUGUAUGAUACCUCUGUGACUGGGUCGCUCGCCUUUCUUAGACAUUAUGAAGCACACAAUAACGCAGUUUUUGAUGUCAAGUGGUUGUGUUCGGGUUCCAGCUUUCUGACAGCUUCUGGAGACCAAUCUAUCAGAUUAACCGAUGCUGAGACAGGAGUCAUAGUACAUCAGUUCUUCGGACAUACUAUGUCAGUGCGUAGUAUUUCGCUUAUGCCUAGUGAUUGUCAUAUUUUUGCAUCAGCCUCACGUGAUGGUAGUAUACGAAUGUGGGAUACUCGAAUAAAACCAGAUUUCUUCAAUUUUCGAGGCUCUCCAGGUAUAUCAAGCGUUGGAGUUUUACCACAAUGUCACGUGCCUCUUUCGCAUAAUUCUCCCAGUACAGAUGGAAAACGAACACGUACUCCCAAACGUCUACCUACUGAUGCUCAAAGUGUAACAUCCGUAUUAUUCGUAGAUGAUAACACCUUUCUAUCUGCUGGAUCAACAGAUGGCUCAAUAAAAAUUUGGGAUUUAAGGCGAGUAUUUUGUGUUGGAAGCAAGAAGCAAGCAAAACCAAAAGUUGUUCUACCAUAUCGUGGUACCUCACAAAAACAAAGCGGCUAUUCAGAUUUGGUAAUCAAUUCAUAUAGAACACGUUUAUUUGCCAACUGCUUGGACAAUGUUGUAUAUGAAUAUGACUUGACACAGCUAAAUCCUCAACCGGACAUCAGUCCAGAUGAUUCAUUCAUAGUCUGUGGUAGCUCAGACCGUCGUGCACAUAUUUACGCUAUUGGUAAACGUCAGCAACAACCGGUAGUUCUGUCUGGUCAUACAGGUGAAGUUAGUGUUCCUCGAUGGUGUAAAGGUGAUCCUAGUAGGAUUGUAACUCUAUCAGAUGAAUCUCAAGCUUUUGUUUGGAAUAUGUUUCCUGCUAGGCGAUACACGCUACCGGAGCCAGGUGAAUUAGCAGGUCUUGCUGAACGCGUUUCACCGUCGAAAUCACUUAUGAACCUGAAUAAUCUAGAAAAGCUUAUUUUUUGCUCAUCUACGUCACAAUCAAGUGAUGUCAACAAUUCAGGCAAUUUGUCUUUACCCGAUCUAAAUUCUCGAUCUCCUGUGACAUCUGCUCGUCGACGACAAUCAAAUAUUCGCCACUUCCUUGAGGCAAUUUCACCCCAGUUAACUCAUCUACUACUUCAGCAUCUAACAAAUCUCUAG